AUGGCGCCUCCUACCCUUCCACACAUGACUCCAGCCCAACGCGAGCACGUCACCCCAUAUCUCGACCGUUUCCGCGAGUGGCUUGAAGAAAACAACCCUAACGUUGUCGAUCGUCAUGCCGGCACCACUAAAUGGAUGAAGGGCUCAGCACGCGAGAUCAUGAAGAGCGAGCUCUUUGCUGAAGCGAUGUUAGGUGACAGGUCUAUGUCAGAGACCGAGAAUGAUAUCUUCCAGUUCUUUCGAAAUUGGAAGAACAACAAGUACAAGAAGGAGCUUCUUGCUUCUGGACGUCUCAACCGUAAUGCACAUUCCUCCACCGGCCCCAGUACCACUCCCUCUCCUGGCUCUCCUUCGCGGGUAGACACAUCAAUGAAGGACGCGAUGCGCGGGCUCCUUCUUAUGGAAGGUGAUUUACCCGUGAAGGAGUUCUUCUUCCUCAACAACCCCCAGGCUCUACAGAAGGCCAAAGACGCUGUCAAGAAAGAGCUGCCGGACGCUUCAAACAUCGUGGUUGUUCAAAAGGCUCGAAAGCGUGCAUGGGGUGACGCAGACCAGUCUUUUUGGGCGAAGAGAAAGCGAGACAUUGAGAAUGAUGUCAAAAGCAAUCGUGCCAUGUGGCCCCACCUGCUUCGGGAAGCCAUUCAACAGAAUAUCGAUCGGGGCGUGGUUGGCUCGGUGGUUGUGGGACUUGCAUAUGCGAUGCGAACCGAGUCUAAUGGCUUGGAGCAUGGGAUAUUGUAUGCAGGCUAUGAUGCGCAAAAGGAAGGAACCCUUGAGCACGAACUACCUGAACAUAAAGAGGUGGUGAAGAUCUGGCAACGGCAUGCAGAUCGAGUCUUACCGAUGUUAUCUAAUCGAUCCGCCUUUGACUUCGAAAGGAAUCUGGAGGGGAAACUCAUCAUUCCCGAGCUGAACAUCGGCGAAGUCAAGGGUAACCAAAUCAUCGAAGUGGUUACAUCAUAUCUCGUGACCAAUUGGCAUACGACCUAUCCACCUGACAAUACCGUACCUUCCAUUCCUUGGGCUGCGAUAGCCACCUCUCCAUCUACCUACUACGACACUGAGCGCUUCCCGAUUCCUGCUGGCGUUCUGGGACCCAAUUCCCCGAGCAGCUCGGAUCUCAUCAGCGUGCUCUCUCUUUACAAUCAUCUCCUCGGAUUCCAGAAAGAGGGGAAGUAUUUUUGCUUUAGGCAUCGUUCGGAAAUCCAGGAGCGGUUGGAGGCUAUUCUGAAAGGGGCUGAGAACGACCUGGAGAAGGAUGACGAAAACGUUGGUGAUGACAAGGUAUCAGCGUUGGGAUCCUCAGAUGCACCUGGCUCUCGCCCAACCUCUCCCGACUCUCCGUCUCCUUCCAUCGAACCAGCACGCCUUACCGAUCCCAAUCUCACCAGGAUGCAGAGUACGAACGCUGCCACUGCUCCUGCUGCUGGAUCUCAGCCAGUACCCACCAAUCUCGCCGUCCCUAAGCCAAAUAGUGGACCGGCUACCAUUUCCACCUUGGGCCAUGACAGUACAGGUGGUGUCCCUUUGCCCGUGACGUCCGCUCCGGACCCCAUUCCCCCAACGGGUCCUGUCGCGUCUGACACAGCACAAGACUCGCCUCUCGCCAUCGCCAAAUCUCCCUCCGAAGUUCGCCAGGUCACGCAAGCCACUCCAUCCAAGGAUCCGAUCAAAUCUUCGAAGUCCAAAUCGUCGAAGAAAGGGGCUUCGUUGGCGGAUCGUACCAUUAUGGGGACGAUCACCAACGUUGCAGGGUCGGAUGUCACGGGCAGUGGUACCGGAGGCCGUCGCAGCGUUCGUGCUCGUACUCAAGUCCAGCAUCGGCCAACCCUCGUUGCCGGUGGAUUGAGGUCUCCUAAGCGCAAGCCAGGUUGGAGCUUACCUGGUGGCCCCGUCGUUCCUUUCUCCAAGAAACGCAUCGCGGAAUCUGAGCCCGAGAACCCCCAGACGCAGGGAAAGCGUCGCCGUGUUUAA